UGAAAAAUAAAACAAAAACAUUUUUUUAUUUAAUAAGAAUAUUAUAGGCCUAAAUUCAGAGAGAACGAAAAUCAUUUUUAAUAUAAACAGAAGAAAUGAAAAAGCAAAAGGAACCGAUGCCACAAUUUAAUCCUAUUUGAUGCUAAAAACCUAAAAAGCAGAAACAGAAAAAUAAAUCACGUUUCACCUUUGCUUAUUAUUUAUGACACCCACUGGUUACGUCAUGACCUCUAUUGUAGAUGAAAUAAAGGCUGUUGCAUUAAACUGUUAAUGAGAAUAAAACUAGUAUCUUAAAUGUACCCGUUCAACAAUACGUUUGGGUUUCAAAAAAGAGCAUUUUCAUUCAUUUUGAGACAAAAAAGUGAAAUAAAAACUUUUUUUCGUUCAUUUUAAAUAGAGACCUGCUUUGGUGAUGAAGAACCCCUUGUUCCCGCCGCGUCGCUGGAUUCCGGCGCCAUGAAAACCUGUCAAACCUGCAGGAUGCUCGCAGGUCUGAGGAAGAGGAAAGGAUAUCUUCCUCGGGUGGAAUAAAAGGAGCCCUUUCGCCUGAGUUAUGGCGCGGCUUUGGCGUUGUUGAGAGGGGCACAUGCUGCUCCCUCUCCCUCCCGCCCCAGAGGAGGCGUCGUCAGGGCUGAUCUACGGCCCGGCUUUGCGUUAGCGUUACGGAACACAGGAUCAGCCCGCUUCAGGCCCAGGACAGCUCCUCUGUGCGCAGAGCUGCGGCCUCCUAAGCGCUCGCAGAAGCACCGUGAUGAUCCACAGACUUUUCCCCCGCACAUUGAACUGCAGCUGCGGGAAGUUUCACGCGUAAAGACGUUCGGAUUGCCUGCAGAUGAGAUUCUCUCACUCCUCCCUGCCUCCCUCCCUUCCUCCCUCCCUGCUUCCCCUCAUUUACCCCACAUACCUAUUCUGGUAUCUCACCACACGACUAAAUUAGACCAAAGAUGAUAAGAGCACAAAGCAUUAUAAUUCCGCCGGGCUCCUCCUCCUUCCAGCCAUGCGUCCUAAUUAAUGGGACACCCCCAGUCGCAAAAAGCCCCGCACUGGACUGCAACAGAGUCAAAGAGUGAAAGGGAAGAGGGCGACAGUGCCACUGGAGAUAAUUGAUUACCUACCAAUCAAUGAUAACUUGUUAGUAUUCGUCAACUCUGUGGACUUCGCCAUUUUCAGGGAGGCCUCUCACUCCUGUGGACCCGCGGAUCCGGGACCGGCUCUCCGAACUCAUCGGAUUAAGAUUCGCGCUUGCUCUCUGCGCUGCUCACCCUCCGGCUUCCUGCUUUGACUUCGAUUCCAAACUGUUAUGUGACUUUCUUCCCAACAUCCACGCGUGUCUUUCCGCCUCUAAACUCUGCCUGAGACCGACGAUGACAUCCAAAGAAGUGGCCAAAUGUGAUGCGGGGGAGCACAGGAGGAGAAGUCCUCUGGACCACUUGCCGCCUCCUGCCAACUCCAACAAGCCGCUCACCCCCUUCAGCAUCGACGACAUCCUCAACAAACCAUCGGUGAAGCGCAGUUACACCAUCUGUGGCACCGCUCAUCUCAUCUCGUCUUCCGAGAAGCACCGCCCGUCCGGCAUCCCCCUGUCCAGCCGCGCGCUCCUCACCCAGACCUCCCCGCUUUGCGCGUUGGAGGAGUUAGCCAGCAAGACCUUCAAGGGGCUGGAGGUCAGCGUUUUACAGGCGGCGGAAGGCCGGGACGGCAUGACCCUGUUCGGACAGAGAACCACACCGAAGAAGCGCCGGAAGUCUCGGACCGCCUUCACCAACCACCAGAUCUAUGAGUUGGAGAAGCGCUUCCUGUACCAGAAAUACCUGUCGCCCGCAGACCGGGACCAGAUCGCACAGCAGCUUGGUCUCACGAACGCGCAGGUCAUCACGUGGUUUCAGAACCGGAGGGCGAAGUUAAAACGGGAUCUGGAAGAGAUGAAGGCCGACGUGGAGUCGGCCAAGGCCAUCGGCCAGGUCCCGUUGGACAAGCUCGCCAAGCUGGCGGACCUGGAGAAAUGCGCCAAUGGCACACUGGGCCACCCGCGAGCCGAGUCCCCCGCGCGGGGAGGCCAGCAGGAGCACGAGCUCGCACAAAAACUGCGGACGUCGCCGCUGUCCCCCUUCUCAGACCACACAACAAGUAAGGAGUGCUCAGAGGACGAGGACGUGGAGAUUGAUGUGGACGACUGAUGGCAAAACGCGCAGCCGGGGGGGCGCAGACCUGCAGAGACGACCCGGGCGGAGCGCGCAGACCCUCCGGAGGACUUGUACACUCACUGCAUAAAAUGUAAACCAUGAGUCCGAACAUGUACCAAAAUGUAAUGACUUCGUAUCGACACAGAUCCACAGUGACGCAUGAAAACGCGCAGAUCCUUGACAGGACCGGUCUCCUCUGUCGGACAAAGCAAUAUGUAAUAACACCGUCAUGAUUAAUUUACAGUGUACUCUCAGCACGUGCACACACUCACCUGUCCUCCUGACCCACACACCUGGAUGAGCGCGCUUGUUUGUUUUCCACACACAUUUUGCAUGAAAAUGCAUGUUUUGAUUUGUGACCAUUAUCUAUUUAUUUCCCCCCUUUAAAACAAACAAAAAAAACAUUUUAUUUAAUUGUUUUUCUGGGAGUGAAACCACUGCUCCCCUGAUGAUGACGGUGCUGAUGAUGAAGAGGCCACCUUGGACCCGAACAGUGAAGGCGUUUUCGGGGAGAAGCAGCAGCUACCACCGUGGUGUUUUUUCUUUUUUUUUUCUUCUUCUUCUUUUUUUUCUUUUUUGUCUUUUUUAUUGUUUGGAUACCACAGAUUUGGAGUCAGAAAUGUUUUGUACACCUGGAAGUGCCUUUCUAAAAUCAGGACAUUAUUUGAAACCAAUGCACAGACUGUAAUGUACAUAGGCUACUAUGGGAAUAAAAUUUGCUUUUGGGAA